UUCGAACUCUUGCGGAGCUUCGACCUAUGUUGCGGUUGCAGUCGAACACAAAUGCCCACUCGUCACCAUCGCUGAAUUCCCGCGACCCUGAGGCUGACAAGUACUCCAUGCUACUGGCAAACAUCAAAUGUGUUCUUGAUCGUCAUUCGAGUGGGACGUCUCCUGUGUCUAAGUCUGCGUCUGUCGCUGGGACACGUGCAACCACCGCUAUCCACACUGAGAGACCGCCUCCGCAAGCCAUAGUGACCGAAUGGGGCGAUAGUGUGUGUGACUAUCCGCUGCAUCGAUUUCCUCUGCUUAAUUCACACCACACCGCUGAUCCACUGGCUCAUUCGAGGAGUUGCCAAUCGCUUCCUUCCGAACCACUAGGAAGCAUUACCCAUCGGUCGUCCGCACGCGAUCGUGUGACGGGUUGGUUACACGCUGGCACUAGCAUCGAGAGUGUUGUGCAGAGAGGAACACGUGCGUACGAAGAACACGAGAGCACGCAGCUGUCCGAUGAGACAUUGAUCAGUCGACUGCUGUUCCCAACCCCUUGUGGACAGAAAUGCAUGGAAACAAUAAGCGAAAUUGACUACUCCCUAUCCUCCAGCUUCAUCAGCGCGAAUCUAGGACAUUUAGACACCCUGACGAACAACUCCGGGUCGUCCAACAUGGAAUCAGACGAGCAGACCACGAUUGUGGAUGACUCAGCCACGGACACUGAUCAGAGUGUAUUCCUGGCUGGCUUAGUGGAAAAGUAUUUGCAACGACGAGUAGAUGUGCCCAAAGCACCCCACAGGCGAGCGAUGCAACCCACUUCAAAAGCUAAACGAAUACCAUCAAAACGCGAAUCGGCCGACGUUACACGGUUUGGUGGUCUAAACCCGAUGGAUGUCAGUCUAGCCACCCGCGACUAUUUGAGUCGACACGGUAUUCUUGGCGAACAUGAAGGUGAUCCCGACCGGUUGAGCCCCACUCAUGAUGAUCACCAUAAAGUCAAGCCCACAAAAAGCAUACCUCCGGCUUCUUCGACUCUCAUCCACCCUAACAAAUUGGAUGCUUGCUGUUACUACGCCUCUUCGCCUAGAGACCGAUCAGCUAUAUCUGCGUCCCCUGUACCAAAUCUGUUAGAUGGGCUUAUAAUUCAGCAAUCGCCCUUGACCGACACUUCCUGUGCGUCCUCUCGUGCACACGCUUCAGAUGAAUGGUUUCCUGGACAUCCCUACAGACACACUACAAGUGAUACCACGCACCAAAUUCUGGACAUUGAGCAUUUACGUUCGCUGCCAAAACUCCUCUAGUUCAUGCUUUUGCUUGUACGACCACUUGUUUCACUCUAAUUUCCCUGCGUUUACACAAUUGUUUUGCAACCUUUUCUUUGCUUUCUCCCUAUAUACAAAUGUUU